AUGAAAGAAAAAUUGAAAUUUCAGCCACAUUCCCACACGGUGGAGCCCAUGACGGCGUGCCCGGAGGGAUCCGGGGAGCGCACGGACAGCACCGGCAUCCCAGAGCCCUCAGCGAGGGACGGCGAGGAUCCGGCACCCCCGAGCCCUCAGCAAAGGGUGGUGAGGAACCAAACAUCCCCCGAGCCCUCAGCGAAGGGCGGUGAGGAACCAACAUCCCCCGAGCCCUCAGCGAAGGGCGGUGAGGAACCAACAUCCCCCGAGCCCCCAGCGGAGGGCGGUGAGGAACCAACAUCCCCCGAGCCCCCAGCGGAGGGCGGUGAGGAACCAACAUCCCCCGAGCCCCCAGCGGAGGGCGGCUCCGGCCUCACCGCCCCUCACAGGGAGCUCGGGGGAUGCCGGAGCCUUCACCGCCCUUCACAAGGGGUUCCGGCACCCCCCGAGCCCUCAGUGAAGGGCGGUGAAGACACCGGCACCCCCAAGCCCACAGCGAAGGGCGGUGAGGAUCCGCCAUCCCCAGAGCCCUCAGCAAAGAGCGGCGAAGGCACCGGCAGCCCGGAGUCCUCAGCGGAGGGGAUUGAGGCACUGGCAUCGCCGAGCCCUCAGCGAGGGCCGGUGAGGCACCGGCACCCCCAGCCUCAGAGGAGAGCGGUGAGGAACCAGCACCCCCAGUCCUCAGAGGAGAGCGGUGAGGAACCAGCACCUCGAGCCCCCCGCAAAGGCGGUGAAGGCUCCGGCACCACCGAGCCCUCAGCGGAGGGCGGUGAAGGCACCGGCAUCCUCCGAGCUCCCUGCUCCGGCACCCCCCGAGGCCCCUGUGAGGGGCGGCGAGGCACCGGCAUCGCCCGAGCCCUCAGCAAAGGUGGUGAAGGCUCCGGCACCACCGAGCCCUCAGCAAAGGGCGGUGAAGGCACCGGCAUCCUCCGAGCUCCCCGGGAGGGGCGGUGUGGCACCGGCACCACCGAGCAGGCUCCGGCACCACCGAGCCCUCAGCAAAGGGCGGUGAGGAACCAACAUCCCCCGAGCCCUCAAUGA